UCAUGGGUUGCUGUUUGAGCAAACAAGACCGCUACCAUGGCACGAUAGAGCUGUCCACGCCUUUUAUGCCCCGAGAGAGUGGCAGUUACGAGGCCAAGUCAAACAUGCGAUGUCGGUACAAUAGCCCACCAUCCCCUGUCCUCCAAGGAGAGCGGGCCCCGUGGGUAGACGGUCAUCGCGUCCUUACGCACAAGGACGGGGAAAUCAUCCUGGCAGAGCCGUUCGGCUCAUAACGCACCCUACGGAUCCUCAGUCAUCUUAGUUUAUAACGAGUCUUGAUGGUCACGAGUCCUCAAUUAUCCUCUUUAUCCUUAUCCUGGCGUGCUUUUCUACGUCAUUCAUUAUAUCAGAUAACUUCAUCUGCUGCUACUGAGCGCUCCGUAUUCUGUUAUCUCUUUACAUUUAUUUUUAUCGCGAGGUGCUCACACUCUGCGUCGGUCUAGACGAAACGACCUAUUUACGGCCUGCAUGUAUUGACUGAGAAUGCUAUUUCACGCACAUCAUCUGCUGGC